CCGCCGGCGCGCAGUCUAAAUAACCUUACCAACACGCUUGACGCAGUGGCCCCGGCCCUGUGGUCCCCGCCAUGUGCGCAUCUCGUACUAGGGUGGUGCCGGGGUCCUCUAUCCCGGCAGUGCGAACCCUGGCUCGGCGUAAUGAUGAGUCUUUGCUGCUGCUGUACUUUGAUACCCGCCUGCUCCCGCCAUGAAUCUCCCACUCAGCGAGAUGAGAAGGUCCCUUGCGCCCUCGACGAUGGUCAAGUACCAUCAUUGCGUUUCCCUGAAUCGCGUUCAAGGGCUAAAAGCUCAGAAGGGGGGGGGGGACAUGAUAAAGUGUGCUCGACCUAGUCUCAAGCUGUCUCUUCCCCUCCUUCCCCCGUGCCUCUUUCCCCUUCGAGUGACCUCGCGAUAGCCAUCGAGGCGCACCCGCAACACAGUCUUCCAUUCCUCUUGACCACCCAUCAUGGUAUCGCUCAAGACCCUUCUCGGCGCCGCCGGCCUGGCCGCCACCGCGGUCGUCGCCAGCCCGAUUUACCAAUCCCUCGACCUGACCGGCGCCUCCUCCUCCCUGGCUCCUCGUGCCGAUCCGAACCUGACGGGAUACCUCGGCGCGUUCUUCCUCGGCGCGGACCCGUACGUCUACCUGUACCUCUCUGAAGGUAACAGCGCGACAUCGUUCCGCGCCCUCAACGGCGGCUCGCCCGUGCUCCGCCCGACCAAGGGCACCGGCGGCGUGCGUGACCCGGCCAUCGUCCAGGGCGGCGGCGCCGACAAGGACAAGAAGUGGUUUAUUGUCGGAACCGACCUGGACAUCGAUAAGACGACCUGGGAUGCCGCUCAAAGGCAGGGAUCUAGGGGCAUCUUCGUCUGGGACAGCACGGAUCUCGUCAACUGGGGCAACGAGAGGUUCGUCGUUGUCGAGGACGCUAGCGCCGGCAUGGUCUGGGCCCCUGAUGCCAUCUGGGACCCGACAAAGGAACAGUACCUGGUCCACUGGGCGUCCAAGUUCUAUGCCGCCUCGGACCCCGACCACACCGGCGCGCCCGGGUCCACCGUGAUCCGCUACGCCUACACCUCCGACUUCCGCACAUUCUCGACCCCAGAGACAUUCAUUGACAAGUCGCCCACCGACGUCAUCGACCUCAACAUCCUGCCGACCUCCAGCGACGGCCGCUCUUUUGCGCGCUUCCUCAAGGACGAGACCCUCAAGACCGUCUUCGUCGAGGUCACCACCGACGGCCUGUUCGGCACGUGGACGCGCCCCGGCGGGAGCUCCGCCAUCAUCGCCAGCGGCGUCGAGGGCCCCGCCGCCUACUGGGACAACCAGGUCGCCGGCAAGGCCCACGUCCUGCUCGACUUUUACGGCGACGACGGGUACCGCCCGUACGAGACGGCCAACGUCGCCAGCAACGCCGGGUGGAGCCCCAGCCCGCGGGCCGGGUUCCCCAGCGGCCUGAGACACGGCAGCGUGCUGCCGAUCAACCAGACGGUGUACAAUGCCUUGGAAGCGCGCUGGGGCUGAAUUGGGUUGAAAGGGGUGAUAUUAUUCAAGUAAUUAAUUCGAAGAUGGGGCUGAGCGUAUACACACUCACUCACUCACACACACAAACACACACACACACACACACACAUAUAUACUGUACUUGUUGUCAGUGCGGGGAUAGUGGUAUGAAGAUGAAGAGUCCUAGUUGUCCAAGCUGUUUCCACAAUCGAUGCGUGAAUUGCCAACUACAAAGAGUGAAAGUGGCACGGAAGAGGUAGAGUUGACCUCUACCGGAAUUUACAAUCUAUACUUAGCUUGUGACAAGGAAGCACAUACUAGAACAUUACAACAAUACUUGUUUCUUGAGAGUC